CGCCAGCUGAUGUUUCUUAUUGCAGCUGAACACGGGUGAGCUGCACACUUUCCCGCUGCCAGUGCACGUGUGUGUGUUUGUGAACAGCUCUGUCUUUCUACAGGGAUAAGGUGCUACACACUGCCACCAUGCCUAAGGUUCAAUUGCCAGAAACCGACGAGCAAGUGCGUGCAUUUGCUGAGAAGGUGUUCGCCUCUGAAACCAAGGAUGAAGACAUCCGUGAGGAGGUCUCCCUCUUCGGAGUGGCUGAUUGCCCCAUUCUCAACCAGGAGCUGGAACACCACCUAACUGUGGAUGAUGAUAUUGAGAGACGCAAGAAGCAUCUCCUUCGCUCCCAGCAGCUGUCAGAAAUACCAACCUAUCUCGAGGUGCCUCAUUUCCAGAGGGUAACCAUCACAGGAGACUAUGCCUCUGGGGUGACAAUGGAUGACUUUGAGGUGGCCUGCAAGGGUCUGGGCCAUGCUUUGAACAUCAGAGAAAAGUACAUGAGGCUGGCUUUGCAGAGAUUCCCCCAAACCACAUCUCAGUACCUGCGUGAGAUUGAUGGGGAGAAGUGGAACCCAGAGGAUCUGGUGCAGCCAGUCUUUACUUCACCUCCUAAACAAGGAGAGGAUCCAUUCAACACCAAGUCUCUGGCUUCUGACGCUGGCUAUGUGGCUCGCAUGCGGGAUGGUGUCAUCUAUGUCUAUAAAGACGCAGCAGAUGCAGACAAACACAAGCCCUUGAACUUGCCUGCUCCUGACUACACCACCUUCAUCGAUGAUAUGAACUUCCUCAUUGCCCUCAUUGCCCAGGGCCCAACAAAGACGUACUCUCACCGUCGUCUGAAGUUCCUCAUGUCCAAGUUUAACGUGCAUGAGAUGCUGAACGAAAUGGAAGAAAUGAAGGAGCUGAAGAAAAACCCACACAGGGACUUCUACAACUGCAGGAAGGUCGACACUCACAUUCAUGCUGCUGCCUGCAUGAACCAGAAGCAUCUUCUGCGCUUCAUCAAGAAGUCCUACCGAGUAGAUGCUGACCGAGUGGUGCACAAUAUCAAGGGCAAAGACAUAACCCUGAAGGAUCUCUUUGCCUCCCUCAAUCUGCAUCCCUAUGACCUGACCGUGGAUUCACUGGAUGUGCAUGCUGGUAGACAAACCUUCCAGCGCUUUGAUAAGUUCAAUGCCAAGUACAACCCUGUGGGGGCCAGUGAGCUACGUGACCUUUAUCUGAAGACUGAGAAUCACAUUGGAGGAGAAUACUUCGCCACCAUCAUUAAGGAAGUGGCCAGUGACCUUGAGGAUGCUAAGUACCAGUAUGCUGAGCCUCGUCUUUCCAUCUAUGGCUGCAAUCCCAGUGAGUGGACAAAACUCUCCAGCUGGUUCAACAAGAACAGGGUGUUUUCCCCUAACCUCAAGUGGAUGAUUCAAGUACCCAGAAUCUAUGAUAUUUUCAGGGCCAGGGACUUCGUGCCUCACUUUGGGAAGAUGCUGGAGAAUAUCUUCAUGCCCAUUUUCCAAGCCACCAUUGACCCUCAGUCCAACCCUGAACUGAGCAUCUUCCUGCAACAUGUCACAGGCUUUGACAGUGUGGACGAUGAAUCCAAGCACAGUGGUCACAUGUUCUCCACCAAGAGCCCUAAGCCAAAUAAGUGGGACAUUGUGAAGAACCCAUCUUACACUUACUACAUCUACUACAUGUAUGCCAACAUUGCCAUGCUCAACCAGCUGCGCAAGGAGAGAGGAAUGAACACGUUCCUGUUCAGGCCACACUGUGGAGAGGCAGGUGCUAUCACCCAUCUUCUGGCCUGUUUCAUGACAGCGGACAAUAUCUCUCACGGCCUCAACCUCAAGAAGAGCCCAGUCCUGCAGUAUCUGUACUUCCUGACUCAGAUCCCGAUUGCCAUGUCUCCUCUUAGCAACAACAGUCUCUUCCUGGAGUAUAAUAAGAAUCCACUGCUGGAGUUCCAUAAGAAGGGCCUGGUGGUGUCUCUGUCCACUGAUGACCCCAUGCAAUUUCACUACACCAAGGAACCCUUGAUGGAGGAAUACGCCAUCGCAGCUCAGGUGUUCAAGCUCAGCACCUGUGACAUGUGCGAAAUCUCAAGAAAUAGCGUCAUUCAGAGUGGCCUGUCACAUGAGGAGAAAGUUCAUUUCCUGGGCACAAAUUACUUGAAGGAAGGUCCAGAGGGCAACGAUAUACGCAAGACAAACGUGGCUCAGAUCCGUAUGGCCUAUCGCUACGAGACUCUGUGCUAUGAGCUCGACCUCAUUAAGCAAGGCGUCAAGGGUGACUAAAGGGUUAUAAACUCUUGCUAUCUAACACACACACAUAUACACACAGGUUUCUGCCUUAAUCUUCAGCACUUAACUUCAUAUAUUAGAUGCAUUGAUAAACAACUUGUGUUUAAAAAAAAAAAAGAUUGAAGUUAAUGUUUGGUAUACAGAAUAAAACAGUAUACAAAAUGAGAUGUAGUUUUGGACGGCUCACUCUAUUUUCUAGUGAACAAAUUUAAGACUCAAGACCUAAAUAGCACUAAGUAAUGCCAUCCAAACUCUUUUACCAUUAGCUUGCGUAAAGUGUGUGAAGGUUUAAACAGGAGAAGGUGGGAUUUCUUCAUACAGGUUUAACUGUUACUCCAUUACAUAACAGUCCUGGGAAUCUCUGUGGAUCUGCCAUUUAAAAAAAAAUUUUUUUUUAAGAAUGUUUUUGAAGAUAUUAAGGUAGUGAGCAUCACAAUUAUCCAUUAUCACAGUCUUUAUAGUUCUUAUAAUUAUUAUUUAAUCAAAAAACAAGUACAAAUGCUAUCAGGUUCAAUCUAAGUGGUGUUAAUAUGAUACAGACUCCAAAUUUUAAAUGGUUUGGUGUCUAAAAUACACAUCACACACACACACAAACAAUGUUUGGAAGUGCCUAAUAACAAUAUUUUAGAAUUCUUAUCUGUGAUAGAUUUGUGAAAACUGUGAUCCUCUGAUAUGAAAGCAGGUCAGUGUUUUCUGGGGAUGUACUCUGGAUGUCACUGUUGGAAGCCUUCAAAAAUAGUUUUAAGUCAAUAAACACUAAUGAAAUAAAUAACUGA